AUGGUGGCGGGCAGCCAUUUGCAAGCAAAUGGAUCAGAUACAACAACUGAAAAUAACAUCACGGUGAAGAAAAAUCAUGGAUUUACUGAAUUGAUCUGUGACUUCCUGAGCAGCCGGCCUGAUGUAACCCACUAUAUCUGGAUGAAGGAUGGGUCUAAAUUACUGAAUGAGACAGGGAAGACUCUGACCAUAUACAACAAUGACAAGAGCUACAGGAAGUAUUCAUGCAGCCUUAAUGGCAGUCCUGAAGAUUCCUCCUUGGCAGAGACCUUCGAGAAAGGUGAUUCACCGGAUUUGCCUCUCAUUUUGGGUACAGCUGCUGGAGUUUUCAUUUUGUUUUUUUUAAUUCUGGUCAUUUACUUUUACUUAAGAAGAAAGAGGAAGUCCGCUCUUCCAACCUCCCCAACUCAUGGAACAACCUCUACCAAGAAGACUACGGCUAAGGAUGAAAGCCAAUAUGGAAAUAUUCAGAAUAAUCACCAUGCGGAACCACCUUCCAUGAGAUCAGAUAAUUCAGUGGAUAUGAAUGUUGAUGAAAACUAUGUAAUUUACAGCAACAGUGAAGCCCUGCAGCCUUCACAUGAAGUUGAAUAUUCCACUAUUGCCCAUGGACAGACUGAACAGCCUCCACUAACUUCUUCCAGAGUCCGCAAUGUAGAAGAUGUGGAAUACGCAACUUUGAAACAUUGAAAAUGAUAUUUACUAGUUUAUUAAACUAAUUCAGGACCGCGGCAAAAAUUAGUCAAAAAGCAUAUUUCUCCUUGGAGGACCAAGAAUGUCCUUGCAUUAAACAAAAAAAGCCAUUGGUUCAAAUUAGAACGUUGCAAUGCUUAUUUUUUCUCCAUGGUAGUUAAUGAGGUUUUCUGUGAAAAUUGCAGUUUAA